CCUGCCGGAUUUAUUUUUUAUUUUUAUUUUUAUAAGGCAUUUGGUGGACCUACCUAAAAAUUGAUUGUGUAUUAUUGACAAAUUAAACCUACGGACUAUUCGAAUAAUAAAAUCAAUAAUAAAUUUUGUUGAUUAGUGAGGCCAUGUGGGGUUGUUAAUCUUAGUUUUUUAUUAUACUAUAAUUACAUAAUAAUACUUCAAAAUUAUGGAUAUAUAUUAAUUUUAGUUUGUAAUCAUUUAAUUUGAUGAGAAGAUCAAGAGAAAGAAGAGAAACUUAACUUAAGCUUAGAAUAGAGAGAAAAAAACAGAAGAAAAUCAAGAUCAGAAGAGAGAAAAAAGAUGUGGGAAGUAAAGUUAUUAACAAUAGUAUUGGCAAUGGAAGUGAUGUUUGUGGUUAGCAAUACACUGAACAAGGCAGCAACGGCAAAGAGAAUGAGCAACUAUGUUUACAUUGCUUACACUCAUGCCAUCGCUGCACUCUUUCUUAUCCCGGCUGCUUUCCUUUAUCAUAGAAAAACUCCACCUCCACCUAUUGGAUGCUCUACAAUUUUGCGGAUAUUCCUGCUUGCCAUCCUCAAUUUUGGUGUUUCGAUCUUCUUCUACACUGGAUUACGCUAUAGCUCACCAACACUUGCAUCAGCAAUGAUUAAUCUUUCACUUGGUUUUACUUUCAUUAUAGCCAUCAUUUUCAGGUAACUAUAUAUUAAGAUCAAUUAAUAUAUAUGUGUGUACAUAUGUGGAUGGGCACACAUAGUUUAUUUGAAAAAUGGAGCAAAAUUUAGGUUGUGUUGAAUUCAUCUAACAUGAUUUGUUUCAUUUCUGAUUUGAUAUGAUUUCUUUAAUUUGACUAAACUUUAAACUUUUUAUAAGCUAAUCAUAGAAAAAAAAAAAAAAAAAGUAUCAAAUAAUAUUUGUAUACAUAUGUUGGUAUUUUCAUAAUUAUUUUGUAUGGAAUUAUAUGUACAUACAUACUAGUGGUCAAUAAGAAAAUGCAAAUUGAAAAAAAACAAAAACAUGGUUUAAUUUGAUGUGGCCUAAUCUAAUUAGUUAUAAAAUCAUACAUAAUUUCUUAAAUAAGUUGAGCUGAGAUGUGAUAAUCUAUGUUAGAGGACCAAUUCAACCAAAAGUUUAAACUGAUAGUUGAGGCCCAUAAAUAUGUUUUAUAUCUAUCACUCUCCCUCACAUAUUUGGGCUUGAAAUGUGGAUGCAGCACAGACCCACUCAUAGCUGGUGCAAAUUAAUUCCACUUUGAAAGAGGGGCGGAUGAAAUUCAAAUCCGUGACCUUUGUGUCAUGCUGGCUCUGAUACCAUGUUAGAGGAUCAACUCAACUAAAAGUUUAAGCUGAUAGUUGAGGCCCAUGAAUAUAUUUUAUAUCUAUCAAUCUAUUUCGUGUUAUAAAAAUUGUGGAAUAUAGGAUGGAGAUUUUGAAUCUACGUUCACAAAGUAGCAUACUAAAGUUGAUAGGAACAAUAGUAUCAAUUAGUGGAGCAUUCGUAGUGAUCUUCUACCAAGGACUCCCAAUCAGUAGUAUAUUCCCUUCACCUACCAAACCAUCACUCCAUUCUCUAAUGCAACUUCAAAAUCAACCAAAUUGGGUUGUCGGAGGAGCAUUUCUCUCAAUGAGUUGCUUACUUCUCUCAUUCGCGUAUGUAACAAAGACUUGGAUUGCAAGGGACUACCCUUCGGAAGUGCUAAUAAUACUAAUUACAUUUAUCUUUGAGACUAUAAUUGUAUCAAUUGUUACUUUAUUUGUGGAAAAUGAUGCAAGCGUUUGGACACCAACAAUUGGUAUCGAACUAGUUUCAAUUCUCUUUGGGGCAGUAACAUUUGGUUCGUUAAAUAUUGUGGAUACAUGGGCAUGCAGAGUGAAGGGACCAGUAUUUAUAGCAAUGUUUAAGCCACUUCAAAUGAUUAUCGCGGUUGUAUUGGGAGCAUUGUUCCUUGGGGAUGUGCUACACCUUGGGAGUGUAAUUGGAGGAUUGAUUAUAGCAGUUGGAUUCUAUACGUUGAUAAAAGGAAAAUCUGAAGAAGAGAUACUUAAUAAGAGAGAUGCUGACGAAAAUAAGUUGAUGUAUAGCAUAGAGGAAGAGUCAAAUCCUCAAAUAAUUCCUUUGUUGGUUGCAUGACAAAAUCAUGGAUGUACCCUUUUUUUUGUUUUUUUUUUUUUUCAAUAGGUUCUCUUAUAAUAUUUGGUUAAUUCAUCUCGAAGUUAUAAUAAUUGUACAUAACAUGAAUUCAAUUCGGAUAAUGAUCGAGCCACUCUUCUCUAUUACAAUAAGGCCCUAAUCUUUUAAGCUUCUGGCAGAGCAGAGUAGAUUAGAUCUCUGAAGAGCAAAGCAAAUUUUAAGAUAGCAGAGCAUAACAUAUUUCUGAGUCUUCGAGAAC